GCUGUGAGGGAGACGAGUGCAGCAGAAGCCAGAUCUCCACUUCAUCCUCCUCCUCUUCUUCUUCUUCUCUAUCACCCCCUUUAUCUUCCUCUGUGGUGGUGAAAUCCCCACAGCCCUCCCAGGACUUCCUGGGCCAGUUUACCCAGGUGAACUCACCAAACAGCGGGGACCGUAAACACCGUGACGCCAGCGCCGUCCUGCCCUUCAUUGGCCUCACGGGCAGUGCUGAGCAGAGUCGCAGCUGCUGUAGAAAUGGAGGAACGUGCAUCCUGGGCAGCUUCUGCGCUUGCCCGCCGUUCUUCACGGGGAGGAGCUGCGAGUACGACCAGCGCAUCCGGAGCUGCGGUAAGAUUCCUCACGGCGAGUGGGUUCGGAAAGGAUGCUCCUACUGUCGCUGUGGUUACGGCGUCAUGCACUGCUUCCCCCACGUCUUCCAUAAAGACUGCG